AUGUCAGCAAUAACACGUUUUCCAAUUGUAUCGUCAUCUGCUUUAUGCCGCUUAUCCCAAAUCGUAGCGGCGAAGAAUAAUUUAAUUCUUAAUCACUUACCUACAUUGAGUACUGUUAUUCCAAUGCCUCCUAAACGUUCAAUUCAAACAUCAGCAAUACGUUAUGAUAUCGAUAGUGCAGCAAAAUAUAUUGGAGCUGGAGCAGCUACAGUUGGAGUAGCAGGCGCAGGAGCUGGUAUUGGAACAGUGUUUGGCUCGUUAGUCGUUGGUUAUGCUCGAAAUCCAAGUUUAAAACAGCAAUUAUUUUCUUACGCUAUUUUAGGAUUUGCAUUAUCCGAAGCUAUGGGUUUAUUUUGUCUUAUGAUGGCUUUCAUGUUAUUAUUUGCAUUUUAA